UUCCGGCGCGGACGGGACGAGAAAGAGAGAGAGAGGAGGCCCGCAGCUUGUGUCUUCUCCCCACCCAACUCCAACUCCUCUCCCUCUCGAUGCCGCCGCCCAACUCCGCCGUCGCUCCCAACCCCGCCGCCGCCGGCGGCCCCUCCCCCUCUCGCCCUGGACGGUGGACGCGGAUCCGCUCCAGCUGCUCAUCCCGCGAUCAGAUUCGCCUUCCGUCCUCGCGCCGGAAACCCUAGCCGCCGGCAAUGGCGACCGGCCGACCGCAGCCACAGGGCCUCGACGGCGGUGCUUGCUAUGGUAGGCAGGCCCCAUGGAGCAGAGCUUCCUCUGCCCGCCCGCGACGCCAUGGAUCUUUCUUUGUGCUCCUUCUUCCUCCACCACAAGGACAAGCAGCAGCAGCAGCAUCCAAGGACGGACCCGACGGAGGAGGAGGACGAGGACCCCCUUGAUGUCCAGCCCCCACGAUGGACCUCCAUCUCUUCCCUUGUCUUCAUUCAUCAACGCCAAGGACGACCCAUCAAGCAAGCAAGCAAGCAAAGUGCAAUAUGCUGCUGCAGUUCGAGCAUGCCAUCGGCGCCAUGAAGGGCUUCUUCAACCUGAAGGUGCUGCGCCGGGAGUGGAAGGUUGCCUGCUCGCCCAAUGGCGCGGCUCUGCUCCGCUGAUUGGUUCAUCGUAUGACGUGACAGAGGAGGACGAGAAAGUUUCUCCUGCCGGUCUGCUGAUGGGUUCGUCCGAGGAGGACCUCUUCUCUUCUCUGGGAGUGCGAGGUAGGCGACAUGGAGCGGAGCUUCCUCUGCCCGCCCGGGACGCCAUGGAUCUUGUGCUCCUCAACCUCGUUUCUUCCUCCAGUCCCCUUCUCUCGAGGACAAGCAGCAUAGCAGCAGCAUCAAGGACGAAUGAGGAGGAGGAGUUGGAAAAGCACCCUUGCUUGAUGGUCGGUCGACCCUCGCGACCUCUUCUCUUGUCUUCCUCAACACCAAGGACGACCCAGCAACCCAUCAAGCAAACCAAGCAAGCAAAGACUUCUGGAUACGAUCCUCUUGCGAACAACCCAGCCAGCCAUCAAGCAAGCAAAGGUUAUCUUCAGGGCCACGGCAUUCAUCCGUAUGUGGUCGCUACUCACUCCGACGGAGGCCAGGGAGCGUUUGGUUACUGCGUCUACCCGAUGGGAGAUGGUAGCGCGGGAUAUUUUCAACCGGUUUGGAUGGCGGUCAUGUAAUAGGUUAGGCAUGUAGUGCUCCUAUUGUGUUUGCCAGCCGGUUGUGGCUUAGGGUUUCAGCUCUUUCGAGCUUUUUGUUUAUUUUCGCACCUCGAUACUUGGAGACUUUGUUACUGAAUUCUUUUUUUAAUAAUAUGAGCCGUAUGCAUCUUUCUGAUGCAGAGGCUGGGGAAAACCCCCUUUUCAAAAAAAAAACAGCGAAGAUGAUCUGCACUGAAGAUGAUCUCGCUCAGGUCGUGUAUGUACCUCUUCAGUUAGAUCUCCCUCAGUUAUUUACACUCUAUUCCGUUUGUGUUUCUGACAAUGUUUGUUUCUCUGUCUCUAACAGGAGCUGAUGCUCCUUUCCACUUCUUCCUGAUAAUUCAUAAACAAUCAAGAUACCGCCUCCUUGGCUUCUUCGAUUUUUUUUGAUUCUAUCUGAUUUCUGAACAUGUCUUCGGACUAACUUUCAUGCAUGCACAACAAUCGUUUGCCUCAACUCCUGCAAGAGGUUAUGUUCGUGCUACUGAAUUUCAACUGAGCAUAAUUAUCUUUUAGAUGCAUAUUGGAUGAACUGAAGUUGGGAGGCAUGGGAUUUCUUUCUGAUCCAGGAGGGAGUUCACAUGCUCGACAGUCCUAGCUGCUGGGGAGAAGACGUGGAAAAUGCCAUGGACUGUACAACACAAGAUAGCACUACCAAUUAAGCUGCAAAUAUUGUUAGGUUGCAAUUGGCCAUCACAUUCAGCUCUCCAAAUUGUCCGCUGGAUGGUGGCCUCUGAUAUGGUGCAAGGCGAAACCUUUCGCCACUGGGAAUGGAAGAGAAGUGCUCCUCUAAUUAACCUGACGAGAAGACAUGCAAUUCAGAAAACAGACUUGCUCUGUUUAUAGUACUCUGUUUUCUUGAAGAUGAUUUAUCAGUCUCCAUUUGUUGCUGCCACUAUGUUGGUGCUUGUUUGGAUGAAGAAAAUGUCUGUGCAUGUUUGUAAACAGAGAAUGAUUAUUGAAUCUGUUGUUAUCCAUUUUCUGCAAAUUUGAGUUGACAAAACAAUCGCCUGCUAUAUAUGCCAUUAAAUCUGCGAAUUUCAUCGGAUUCGCUUUGCAAAUUACAGUUUAGCAGCAAAAAGUCCGCGGUGGUAUCGGGCUUGCACAGUUUUAUUCUGGAAUGAGCAGUAGUAUUUUCCAUCUAUAGUCAGUGACCAUGUUUGCAACUCCGCCUAUGUCUUCUAGGCAUAGCCGGUCCCAAGCCCGGGGAAAGGAGGAGGGUUGUGAUAGGCUUGGCGAGCCAACGUAAAAACUAGCCAGUCUUUUGGGUAUGAAACCCAUUUGGGCGAGAGUAAGUAGUACUAGGAUGGAUGACCUCCUGGGAAGUCCUCGUGAAAGGGUUUUAUAUCUAGCCUACCCCAACUUGCUUGGGAUAAAAGGCUUCGUAAGUAAGUAAGUAAGUAGUCAGUGACCAUGUUUGCAAAUUGUCGUCAGUUUCUUAGACCGCAGGGAGCCUGCAGGCUGAACUGAGCAGUCAGCAAACUAACGGAUGAGAUAUAGACCGGCGAUUCUCACCGGGCCUAUUUAUGUGCUCCUCAAGCUUUGUCCUCAGUAUGCCAAUCGUACGCAUAAUGACGGAGUUCAACAAUAUAUGAACAUAAAAGAGCAACAGCUAAUGUGCUCUAGUAUUUUCCUGGGUGUCUUGUGCAAACACUCGAUGGUUUAGAAUUUCCAAAUCCCCCUUUGUACAGGACAUGACCAAUAACCAUGGCACUGUAAAUGUAUGCUAUCCCAAGUGCCAUACGGGUUCAGACUUGUAUGGGAAAUCAUCAGCGUCGAGUCGAAAAUUGCUUGGCCAUCUCAUGAAAAUCAUCAGCGGAAAGUGGUAGAGGGUGCAGACUGCAGACCUUGUGACUUGACCGGCUGAUGCCGCGGGUGGCGACAUGGAUCGGCUUCCUCCGUCUACCAUUCCUUUUGCUCCGACUUUGUCCUCGUCGUCGAUUGUGUCUGUUUGUCGGCGAGGAGGCGGAAGCCCCGGUUAUGAUUAGGGGGCCGUUGCGCCAGUGUAUUUGGUUUCUGAGUCUACAGUGUAUUUGUAUUUUUAGAAUCACACAAUGUAUUUUGUAGUUGGCGCCUACAUGUUUCCUUCGGUAGUUAAAUGGGCCAGCCCAAAAGCAUGUCGCCCAGCACCAGUUUUGGGACCUUCUAGAAGGUCCUCUCCAGUUUCCCACAUGGUUUUUUUGGUUUUAUUUUUUACUCGGUUUAUGUUUUUCUCUUUUUAGUUUCGCUUUUUUAUGUUUUUAUUUUUUUAUAAUUCAAAAACAUUUUCUGUAUUCAUGAACUGUUUUCAAAUUUAUGAUUUUUUGCUAAAAAACAUGAACUUUCUCUAUAUUCACAAACUUUUUAUUUUUCAAUUUUUAAGAAAUCGUGAUAUUUCAUUAAAUUUGUGA